UAUUGACAAAUAAACAUAAUAUGUUUGAAAUGAAAACUGAUAAGUGAUUAAUAACAUAAUAUAAACAAAAGCGAACCAUAAUGGGAGAUUUGAAGGCAACCACAAUAAAGGACGCGAUAAAAAAGUGGGAAGAUGACAACAAGGAAUCAGCAACAGAAGCCAAAUCGAUCGGUCUGCAAUUUCAGUGGCCACCCAUUGAAAAAAUGGACAGUAGCUUGUCGGUUUUAGUUAACUGCGAAAAAUUAUCACUGAGUACGAACAUGAUUGAGAAAAUAAACGGGUUAUCGGCUCUGCGAAAUCUAAAAAUUCUAUCCCUCGGCCGCAACUACAUUAAGGCUUUCACCGGAUUAGAAUCGUUGGCUGACACAUUGGAAGAACUGUGGAUAUCGUAUAACUUCAUAGAGAAAAUGAAAGGCAUUUUAGGCAUGCGCAAGCUUAAAGUCCUGUACAUGUCCAACAAUAGCGUCAAAGAAUGGGCCGAAGUAAAUAAACUUGCCGAAAUGGAAAGCCUUCAAGACUUGUUAUUUGUCGGAAAUCCUCUUUUUGAAGCAUUAGACGAAAGCGUAUGGCGCAGUGAAUGUAUUAGAAAGCUCCCUAAAUUAGUCAUAUUAGACGGUUUACCAGUAAUAAGAGAAUGAAUCACUUAGAAAAAAAAAAUCAAAAAGAAUCUCAAUUUUCAACUGGAUCCAUUGAAACGCAAGCUAAUGAACCAUGUAACUAAAAAGUUAAAAACUACAACGAGGUAAUAAUAAUGAUAAAAAUUGUCAACGACUUAAAUUAUUGAAAAUGUGCUAGCAGUUGUAAAAAAUACACAGACAUCAUGUUUUUAUUAAUAUCAAAA